AUGAGUGAUAGUGCAAGAAAGUUAGAAAAUUUAAACCCUCUUGAUGAUGUUCUGAAGCUAAAUGUACUUACACAAGAUGAACAACAGAUGGUACAAAUUGUUAGGAAACAUUACUUCGAAAAUGGUUUAAUUACUAAACAAUUGGAUUCAGAUAUUAAUACAGUCAUGAGAAAUCUUAAUAACGUUGAAAUACUUUGUCAAGGAGAUCCUGCUUAUGAGCGUGAUUUAACAAAUCAAUUAAAUGAAGCAAAUGCAAAUCUAAAAUCUUUGCAAUCACGUAUAGGACCAUAUGAAGAUCUUGUUAAAAUACUAGCAAACACACGAAAAGAAAGCGAACGAUUAACAACAGAACUUCAAAAUGAAGAAGCAGCACUUCAUAAAAUUCAGGAAAGUACGGAAGCAUAUCAAAAGGAACUUGAUAAACAACAAAAAGAGCUUAAGAAACUCAAUGAAAGCAAAGAAUUCAAGAAUUCAGUUCACAAACACUUGAAGAAGAACCUUCAAGCAAAAUUACAAAUGAUUCAACGUCUUAAACUUACAAUGGAAGAUUUAGAGAACAAGCUUAACUCUGAUGGACAAGAUUUACGUCUUGAACAACAAAGAAAACAGCAGCAAAUUGACAAAUUAACUUUAAAUCAAGCGAGAUUGAAACAACAGCUUCAAGAUACGAACCAAAGAUUGGAAGGAGAGAAGUCCAAAUUCGAUACCCAAGUAGCGGAUUGGCGUGAAAGAACAAGACAAGCUACUCAACGUCGAAAUGAUGUUUAUGAAACAUUCCAAAAAGGUGAAAUGGAGACAAAACUGCUUCAAGGACAAUUGCAGCGCCAUAAUGAAAAAUACAAACUCAUUUCCAAGCGUACAGAUGCCGUAAAACGCGAACUUGAACAAACAAAAGAAGAAAUUGAAACAACAAAACAAAAAAUACAAGAAUACGCAAGUGUCCCCGAGAGCCAUCUCGCUACAGUUCGUCAAUUGACAGCCGAAAAUCAGGCCCUUCAAGUUGAAAUCGACCAAUUAACAAAAGAUGAAGCGGAAGCACGAGAACAAGCACAAAAAUUACACGCGGAAUUUUCAGAACUCGAAGGAAUGGACGCCCAAGCAAGAAGAGAGAAGAUGGAGAGGCAACAGAAGAACUUGAGAGACUCCUUGGAAAUGAUAGACGCCGCUGUAACAGCUGCUGAAUCUUCUUACACUUGUUUCGAAUGUUUGAAACCAGUGAAAGGUCCAAUGACGUUCGUCCCAUGCGGACACUCUAUAUGCAGAAGCCAUGGAAAGCAUACAGAUGAUAUGCUCAUAUGCCCUGAAUGCAAACAACAGUGUGAAACAGUUUUUGCAAAUACAACUAUACCUGAUUUGUUAUCAAAACUGCAGUUUUUGCAUUCUUUGGUAUCUGCUACUGUUGAGAAUUAA